UAAUAUUUUAUAUAAAAUAUUCUAAUAUUUUAUAUAAAAUAUUAUUUAGUAACUGUUGGAAGAUGAGUGGGCUAUUUAGGAGUGAAGAUGAAGGAGGAGGUGAUGGAAAUUUCAGUUGCUGAACAUCAACGCAGUGAAGCAUCUUCUUCAUCAUAUCCUUCACAUAAUUCUCAGGUAUGCAUUGAAAUGGACAAAAGCAUAGAAGCCUCAAUUCAUCAGACUAGACGCCCAAAUCUCUCCUCUUUGCAGAUACCUUUGAGGUCUUUGGAAAGUUCUUUCUACGAUUUUACAUCUGUAGAUAUUCCUUCUGACCCAAGUCCUAGCUCGACGAAAGCAGGAUUGCCUCCUAGACCCCAUUCAGCUAAAAUCAGAUCCUCUGUUAGAAAUCUUCUUCCACAAGGGAGCUUUAGGGUAAACAAUUUUUGCCAAAAAGGUGAGAAGAUGGUUCUUAUAGUUCCAGAGACAGCUCCUUCUGAUUGUUCUUUGGAGAAGCCUUCUACUUCAAGAUCAUUUUCUCUCAACAAAGUUUUGUUCCCUUCAACAAAGGUAGCACAUUCUUUACCGGUUACACCAAUUGCGUAUUCAGGUCCAAAGCCUAUACCAGAAAGACAUAUAGAUGCUCAGUCUACUGUUACUAACUCAGUAGUUCAGCAGCAAAUGAGUAUGGCGCGCUCAUUGUCAGUACCAGUUAAUGUUAAACCUAGAAGUUUAAGACGAGCAGACUCUGGACGAGGUUUGGUCCGUGUAAUUUCAGCAACCCCACGUCCUGCUGCACUCGAGGGUGCAUUGCCAAAUGACGCCCCAUCAACAGAAAUAACUAGUGAAGAUGCAGGUGAAGACAUUCCUGAAGAAGAAGCGGUAUGCAGGAUUUGCUUGGUUGAGCUGGGUGAAGGAGGCGAGACUCUGAAGAUGGAGUGUAGCUGUAAAGGAGAGCUUGCACUUGCUCACAAAGACUGUGCAGUGAAGUGGUUUAGCAUCAAGGGAAACAAGACAUGUGAUGUGUGUAAGCAAGAUGUUCAGAAUCUCCCUGUAACUUUAUUAAAAAUGAAUGAUCCAAGGUUUGUUAUCAGACGACCUCCAACUGUGCCACAGCAGUCUCAAGUUGCUGGUUACAGGCUCUGGCAGGAUAUACCAGUUCUUGUCAUGGUCAGCAUACUGGCUUACUUCUGUUUCCUGGAACAACUUCUGGUGUCUGAUUUGGGUGCACUUGCUCUAGCCAUCUCAUUACCCUUCUCCUGUGCUUUAGGUCUUCUUUCCUCGUCGAUUGCUGCCACAAUGGUGAGCAGGAGUUACAUAUGGGCAUAUGCUUCCUUCCAGUUUGCAAUGGUCAUCCUGUUUGCCCAUAUCUUUUAUACAUUACUUGUUGUGAACCCAAUUCUCUCGGUCCUCCUUUCGUCAUUCACUGGGUUUGGUAUUGCAAUUAGUACAAAUUCUCUUCUCGUGGAAUAUCUUAGAUGGCGAUUAAGACGACGAACACAACCCCGCCAACAGCAGAUUGAUGCAACCUUGCAGCAGUGACCAUUGCUUGUUAGAUUCAGUGGCAGUGAGAAUCCACAUAUGUAAGUCAUUGUCUUCAUCUUCAGUUUGCCUAUCCUGCAUGUCAUUUUGGCAUUUAUGUGUCUAUAUGUAUACACAUGUAUAUGUAUGGUAUAUGUAUGGUGAGAGGUUUGAAUCCCAGUUCGAGUUUAGUUAAUUGAGCCUGAAAUUUAGGCAGGCGUGAAGACAUGAGAAGCUUUUUGGUCUCGAAACUUGCUUCAAAUUUUCGUAAUUACAGCAUUUUGUUCGA